CUGCGCGACCAGCGGCAGCGGGAACUUCCGAGGUCAAAGGUGACAACUUCCGGCGACUGGCGCCUGCGCCCGCCGCCCCCCGCUUCUAACCCCCUGUCACUUCGGGUAGCAGGGAGGCAAGAUAGACUCUGCGAUGAGGUACAAGAGGUAGUUUAUUUUCCUGCUGCAGUUCAUAACCUGGGAGAACAUCUUAAGUGUACUUAUAUAGAAAUUGAGCAAGUUCCUGAAACAUAUGCUGUUGUGCUUAGUCGCCCAGCUUGGUUGUGGGGGGCAGAAAUGGGGGCCAAUGAGCAUGGAGUUUGCAUUGGGAAUGAGGCUGUAUGGGGAAGAGAAGAAGUUUGUAAUGAAGAAGCACUGUUGGGCAUGGACCUUGUCAGACUUGGCCUUGAAAGAGCUGAUACAGCUGAAAAAGCCCUAAAUGUCAUUGUUGAUCUACUAGAAAAAUAUGGCCAGGGUGGAAACUGUACAGAGGGUAGUAUGUUAUUUAGUUAUCACAACAGUUUCCUGAUAGCUGAUAGGAAUGAAGCCUGGAUUCUGGAGACUGCAGGGAAGUACUGGGCAGCAGAAAAAGUACAAGAGAGAAUUCGUAAUAUUUCUAAUCAGCUUUCUAUAACAACCAAGAUUGAUCGGGAACACCCAGACAUAAGAAACUACGCUAAGCAGAAAGGUUGGUGGGAUGGUAAAAAGGAGUUUGAUUUUGCUGCAACAUACUCUUAUCUUGACACAGCCAAGAUGAUGACUUCAUCAGGCAGAUAUUGUGAGGGCUACAAGCUUCUAAAUAAACACAAAGGUAAUUUUAUCAUUGAAAUAAUAUCUGAAUGACAAAUUA